UUUAGCUUUCACGGCUCGCACUCGCAGCUCCAAUUUCAUCAUUAGAAAAGGACAGCAUGAAGCAGCCACCUUUUGCUGGCUGCAGCUUGACCCUUAUUAUCGUCCUUGCAACCACAAAUGGCUUUUCACAUAGGAGCUUGAUCCACAUCAGCGAUCGCGGCAGUUUGCUUUCACCAGGAGCCACUGUACGUGCGUCAUUUCCAGUUUUCUCAAUCACAACACGCCUCCAAGGCACCAAAUCCGACUCUAGCAGUAGUGGUAGUAUACCCCGGACCCAUCCAACUUUUGAAUCGCAGCCGCUUGAAGUAGCCUCUGCGUUAUUGUCGAAAUCUCCCACACUGGACGCGGAACAAGCUCUGGCUUCCCUUGCCGCCACGUGUCUGGCAUUGUUGGCGGGCGACGAAGAAGCUGCGGAAGCCCUCACGGGAGGCGCCGAGCGCAAAAGAGAACUGAUUGGCAAAGCAUUUCAAGCCUACGAUGUUUGCGAAAGUGGAACACUCUCGGUCGAGGAAGCACGAGCUCUGUUUGUGGAUUUGGCGCGCAAUAUCGUUAGUGAUCUCGCCACUCCUUCGAAUGACCGGACGGAAAAGCAACAAUUGGCAUCCUACCGUCCCUCGGAAGGCUCCAUUCCGGGAGCAGCAAGAGCUCAUGCCAAACGAGUACUGGCCAUGGAUGAUUCGGGGAAUACCAUUGAGCGGAUUGCCGCCAAGCUGCUAUUGAUGGCAGAUGUGGACCGGGAUGGACGCAUUUCUCUGCCGGAAUUGGCUAAUUUAUUUGACACCGUUCAUUCUGCCAAUGUCGAAGAAAAAGGCAACAAUAAUAAUAAUGUCGAUACCUUUCCUCAGCCUCUCAUGGCAUUGGCUGGAUCUUUGCAAUUGCUGCCAGCCAUUGAGGGAAGGGACGUGAUUUCCGCUGCUUCCAAAGCUACACAAUGGAACAUUGGGGUGCCAGGCGACGAUCAUACACUGAGACGAGUGGAACUGAUAAAGGGACAACUCUCCAUUGUGGGACUGGGGCGAUCCGCAGAUGCAUCCACCUACUUUUUGCCAGAGCUGGGCAUUGUCUUUGACGCCGGUAUUCAUGUCAAGUCGCUCCAGCCCAAGACAGUGUUGCUGACACAUGGUCAUCGCGAUCACAUUGCUGCUCUACCAACGCAUGCCGCAGCAAAAUCAAAGCUCUUUUGCCCCAAACCCAUUGCUCCCUUGGUCCGGAGGUUUCUUUUGGCAGAAGCACAAUUGAAUUAUGGGGAUACGUCACAAACCGAUGAAGAAACCACUUCAGCACUGGGUGAAUAUGAUAUCCAAGGUGUCGAGGAUGGAGAUGAUAUAUUAUUGCCUCGGGAGUAUUACCAGGGGUCUCCCACACCGAUUGGUGUAGAGGUCUUUCGAGCUCCUCACAAGGAGGGCAUACCGGCAGUUUCGUAUGGCUUGUACCGCAUCAAGAAACGGCUCAAACCGGAAUAUGCUUCCUUGCCAAAAAGCGAUCUGGGUGCGUUGAUUCAAAAAGACAUUCAGAUUACGGAAAGCUACCAGGAAGGUCUACUAUUUUACACUGGUGACACCACAAUCAAUCUGCUCAAAGAACGAUGGGAGGAAAUCCUUCCCAAGUACAAACAUGUCAUUCAUGAGGUUACCUUCCUGGGGAAGCCCAGCUCAAAGCUAGACGAAUCGGCAAGACAAAAGGGUCACACGCAUUACUCCCAGCUGCAUCCUUGGAUCUGCUCCUUUCCUGAAACCACGUUUGUCUGCGUCCAUUGGAGUUUACGAUAUUCAAGAGAAGACCUCAUCAACUUCUUUGAGGACGAAUAUGGCGGCGUUCCAAAGAAUGUUGUUCUGUGGGUGUAAAUUAACUCACGAAAAAGGCAUUGCACUUGAAAUUGAAACUGAUGUUCUAGACCUGCGUGGUUCUAUUGGUUUUACCAACCAAAGGUCCGAUCGGGCAUCCCCUUGCCUGGCGAGCACAUCAGGUUGCACUACUUAUAAUUUGACUGAUGCAAGAUGAAUUCAGAGACAGUCUUCUCUCCUUAUGUGGGCAUGUGGCAAAGUGGACUAAAACCAUUGGGUUGAAGAUGUGGCCGUCAUAGCGCACACCAAAUCAAAAUUUCAACUGCUAAUGCAAGCGCU